AUGUGUUACUCCGGGAUCCCUUAUAACAAUGAGGUUACCAAACCUCGUGCGCUGAAUACGUUUCUAGAUGGACUUGCAGAGUUAGGAAUCGAUAAAGGUUUAAUCAAGAACAAAAAGUUGUUAAGUGAUUGAAUAGAAAAGGAAAAAGGCUACCAAAAUGUAGAAAAUACUUCCGAUAACGAGAGUAAUAAUGAGCAGAGUUCAUCGGAUAUUGAAAAUCAGGAGGAAGAAGUGGCUUCUGAGAAUGGCAUUGAAGCGGAAGACACCCAAGAGAGCGACAACGACACUGAAAACGACAGUCAGGAGAUAGAAAGUAGUAACCCUGAAACGUCCACCACCUUUCACUCCAAAAGUCCCUGUGAACACUGCGAGAACUCUAAUGUGUACGGGACGUUGAUCAUGAAAUGUCCUAAAUGCCUUUGGCACGAUUACUACAAGAUUUGUCCUAUAUGCGAUCACCAGAUUCCCGAGGGGAGACAUUACAUGAAAGAGGGCUUUCUUCGAUGUCACGAUUGCGGAGCAGUUACACAC